AUGUCUCGGUUCCUGGACAUGGCGGAGUUUGGAGAAGCGGCUCACUACCUCCGCCUCACCAACUUGGAGCAGCUGGCUGCCAAGGCCCAAGCUUUUGAUGGCACGAAGCGCGUUUGGAUGCCCGAUGAAACUGAAGCAUACACUGAAGUGGAGAUCAGAGAGCUGAAUGGAGACAAGACUACUGUGGAGACCAAAGACGGACGGUUUCUAAUAGUAAAAGAAGACGACCUCCAGCCAAUGAACCCUCCUAAGUUUGACAUGAUAGAGGACAUGGCCAUGUUGACACACCUGAACGAAGCAUCUGUCCUCUUCAACCUGAGGAGGAGAUACAGCAUGUGGAUGAUCUAUACCUACUCUGGUCUGUUCUGUGUCACAGUCAAUCCAUACAAAUGGCUGCCGGUCUACACUCCUGAGGUGGUGGCAGCCUACAAAGGGAGGCGCCGUGCAGAUAUGCCGCCCCACAUCUACGCCAUCGCUGACAAUGCUUACACUGACCUGCUGCAGAAUCGUGAGAACCAGUCAAUGCUCAUCACAGGUGAGUCAGGUGCCGGGAAAACAGUCAACACUAAGAGGGUGAUACAGUACUUUGCCAUCGUCGCUGCUCUAGGAGAAAAUGUGAAAAAAGGAGGAUCUUUAGAGGAUCAGAUUAUUGAAGCUAAUCCAGCUAUGGAAGCAUUUGGGAAUGCCAAAACCAUCCGCAAUGACAACUCCUCCCGCUUUGGCAAGUUCAUCAGAAUUCACUUUGGCCCAACAGGGAAACUGGCGUCUGCUGACAUCGACAUCUACCUUUUAGAAAAGUCAAGAGUUGUUUUCCAGCAACCGGGAGAGAGAAGCUACCACAUCUAUUACCAGAUUCUGUCCAAUCAUAAGCCAGAAUUACAAGACAUGCUGCUGGUGACCACCAACCCCUACGACUACCACUUCUGCUCUCAGGGUGUGACCACAGUGGAGGGCAUCAGUGACGGAGAGGAACUGAGGCUCACCGAUCAUGCCAUGGACACGCUGGGCUUCACUCCAGAGGAGAAGUAUGGCUGCUACAAAAUUGUUGGAGCCAUCAUGCACUUCGGUAACAUGAAGUUCAAGAAGAAACAGAGAGAAGAGCAGGCCGAAGCGGACGGCACAGAGAGUGCAGAUAAGGCAGCUUACCUGAUGGGCAUCAGCUCUGCUGACCUGCUGAAAGGCCUGUUGAAUCCUCGAGUGAAAGUGGGAAAUGAGUUUAUUGUUAAAGGACAGACUGUAGAACAGGUGAACUAUGCAGUGGCCGCCCUGGCCAAAGCCACCUAUGACCGCAUGUUUAAGUGGCUGGUGGGUCGUAUCAACUCGUCCUUAUACACUUCUUUGCCUCGUCAGUACUUCAUCGGUGUCCUGGACAUCGCCGGCUUUGAGAUCUUUGAGUUCAAUAGCUUUGAGCAACUGUGCAUCAACUACACCAAUGAGAAGCUGCAGCAGUUCUUUAACCACCACAUGUUCAUCCUGGAGCAGGAAGAGUACAAGGCUGAAGGCAUCGAGUGGACCUUCAUAGACUUUGGUUUGGACUUACAGGCCUGCAUAGACCUCAUAGAGAAGCCAAUGGGUAUUCUGUCCAUAAUGGAGGAGGAAUGUAUGUUCCCCAAGGCCACGGACCACAGCUUUAAAACUAAACUUUACGACAACCAUCUAGGGAAGUCACCCAACUUCCAGCGGCCGCGUCUGGACAAGAAGCGCAAAUAUGAGACACACUUUGAGUUGGUUCACUAUGCUGGAGUGGUGCCGUACAACAUCACAGGCUGGCUGGACAAGAACAGGGAUCCUCUGAAUGAGACAGUGGUGGCCCUCUUCCAGAAAUCCUCCAACAAACUGAUGGCUGGACUUUUUGAGAACUACGUCAGCUCUGACAUGCCUAUUGAUCCGAAGGCUGAAACCAAACAGAGGAGGAAGAAAGCAGCUUCUUUCCAAACUGUGUCACAGUUGCACAAGGAAAAUCUUAAUAAGCUGAUGGCUAACCUUCGCAGCACUCAACCUCACUUUGUGCGCUGCAUAAUCCCCAAUGAGAGCAAGAAUCCAGGUAAAACCAUGAACCCUG